GGACGGCGGGAACAUAUUAUGGCAGGGUCUUUUGUCAAGGACAAAAUUGUUGAUAAAGAAGAUGUUAUGGAUGUUCUCGUCCUCCAUUUGGACAGAUCAGUCUGUUUUGCUCCUGGGAUUCCAGCUAUUCAACGUUGGGUGCACCUUGCCGACCAGUUUAAGGUACCAGACGAUGUUAAGAGUCAAUGUGCAGAUUUCUCCGGAAAGUUGAGCUCAAGUGAAGCCUUGUUUGAGCACUUAUGUGCUGUACAGGACGCCCUCUCAGUUGGAGAGAUUAAAAAAAAGCUCAAGAAACUAGGAAGAAAUGAUGUUGUUGCGGAGUUGGAGAAAAACAGCAAGCUCACAGACAAAAGUACAGUCACUGACCUUUAUGAAAAGCAUCCUGAAACCAUGUGCAGUAUAUGCAUAAAACUUGACAACAAGCAUAGCAUAAAAAAUUGGUACCAUUUGGGUAUUGAAAUCGGUAUCAAGGCUGGCACCCUAAGAAGACUAAGGGACCCCUCUGGAGACAGUCCAAGCGAGGUGGUCCUGAAAAUGAUCCAAACAAGAAAACCGCGUCUUCCGUUGAAGAAACUGGCUGAGGUUAUCAACUUGCCAGGCGUAACUAAUGCAUUGGCUGGUUUUCCAGAUAACAGCACUAUCGAAACCUUACUUGGUAACAUGGACGCCAUGGAAAACGUAACGACAUUGAUGGACCCUGAUGGAAAGUGGCAACGCGUCGGUCAGCAUUAUAACAUCGACCAGAGAAUCCUUGAUAACUUAAAGCCCGGUGAUGUCCAGAGUCCCACCAAAACCGUGCUAGAAUACGUUGUCAAGAGGGAACCAACUACAACCAUGGAGACCUUCCUGACGUCUCUAAAAAACAUGAGACGUUUCGAUGUUAUAGAGGACCUCAAGGAGUUUUUCUAUGGUGAUGACAUCGAUAGAAUCCUGCGGGCGGGCGGAUCAGGGCCUUCGUAAAUUGGCAGAGAUCAGUGGAACUGGUGGCAUUUUAAAUUCAGUGCAACAAUUGAGAAGGCAGUGGUUUUUAAAACAAUCAAGUUCUACUUUCCGUAUACAGACAUUAUUUUUACUAUAAUAGUAGAUCGUAUAAUGGACUGUAAGGAUCAAGUAGAGAAUACUCACCGUUCAGCCACUAAUCAAACCUCAACAUUGGCUCGAUUACCAGCCGCUGUUCGGGAACCGGAGCCCGCGCUCCUCUCCGAAUAGUCUCUUCUCGGGGAGGGACGAAAAAGACCGGACCCGAGAGAGCGGCGGAAAUCGAUUCUACCCUCAAUGGAAUGUUUGCCAAAACAAACAAUUACGGUCAUUACUCUGAAUAUUAACUUCUGCAUAGGCAUGUUAGGGUUUACAAGAUCAUGAGAACAUUAAGAAGCUAAUCAUAAUUUUUGGCACAAACUGUGUCCUCACUGAUUUGGAUUUUAAAUUAUAUCAAUAUCACUGAGUUAUUAUUAUAUUAAUAGAAUUAUAUAUAAAUUUCUAAGAGAUUUAAUCCUCUUCUACUCUAUCAAAAUUUUUUACAUAUUUCUAAAAAUUCCCUUUUGUCGGCCGUUAUUCUAAAAUUGCGCGGUUUAAUUUAAGGCAACUACUAAAAGAUUAUGGCAAAUCUGAUUUAAAUAUUAAGGAAUUUUUUUUUUCUUUACUUUUAAGGUUAGAAACAUGUUGGGCGUGAAAGAUUGCUUAGCACAGGGUCUAUGUUCGCAUGUAAUUUACAAAUACGUACGUAAAAAGGUAAAGCCUACCUACGAGCCAUGUGGCCCGUCGGGCAGGCGCUUAAUUCCGCUUUCCGUGGCAUGAAGCGACUAGGAGUAAUUAUACCCCCCCUCAUGGAAUGGUAGUCCAUCGCAGGGUUACCCUCAGUAUUAAA